CGUGUGUAUCGACCGACUACCAAACUCUGCGUGCGCCCGUAAUCAUCAUCUUCUUCAUAAUAACCUACCUUCCAUACCUUCUAGGAUUUGUGCGUGGGAGAUUCAGAAUUGGAAAAAUAGAAUGUCUCAAAACGGUAAAUUGAUGCCCAAUCUUGACCAACACAGCACAAAGCUCCUUAAUUUAACAGUUCUUCAACGAAUUGACCCUUUCGUCGAGGAAAUUCUCAUCACUGCUGCUCAUGUCACCUUCUACGAGUUCAAUAUCGAACUCAGCCAAUGGAGUCGCAAGGACGUGGAAGGAUCUCUCUUUGUUGUCAAGAGGAAUACACAGCCUCGUUUUCAGUUCAUCGUAAUGAAUCGGCGGAAUACAGAUAAUUUGGUUGAAAAUCUUCUGGGGGACUUUGAGUAUGAAGUCCAGGUUCCAUAUCUUUUAUAUCGAAAUGCUGCCCAAGAAGUAAAUGGCAUUUGGUUCUAUAAUGCACGUGAAUGUGAAGAGGUUGCAAAUCUUUUUAGCAGGAUUCUUAAUGCCUUUUCCAAGGUUCCUCAAAAGUCAAAAGUAUCACCCACUAAAAGUGAGUUUGAGGAACUUGAAGCUGUACCGACUAUGGCAGUUAUGGAUGGUCCUCUGGAGCCAUCAGCACCAAUUGCUUCCAGUGUCACUGAUCUGCCUGAUGAUCUGGCCUUUGUGAACUUCUUUAGUACAGCAAUGACCGUUGGGAAUGCUUCAAAUGCAACUGCUGUUGGGCAACCUUACCAAUCUUCAGCUCUGGUCCCUUUACCUUCCCAUCCAGCUAGUAUACCCACUCCCACUGUGCCGACCUCACAAAUACCAUCUCCUUCCUUGUCAGCAUCUACUCCUUUAAUGCCAAUCCUUGAUGCCCCUGAUGCCAACAGCACCAGCAACCAAACCACUAAUCUUGUAAAGCCCUCUUUAUUUUUUGUUCCACCGCCAUCAUCUUCUGCACGGUUGAUGCCUCCUGUCUCUUCAUCCACUCCUACUGCUCCUCCACUUAAUCCUACUGUGAGCCUACAACGCCCAUAUGGAGCUCCAUUGCUUCAACCAUUUCCACCACCCAAUCCUCCACCAUCUCUCACUCCUGCCUCUAUUCCUACUUCAAAUUAUGGACCAGUUAUUAGCAAAGACAAAGUUCGAGAUGCACUUCUGGUGCUUGUUCAGGACAAUCACUUUAUUGACAUGGUGUAUCGAGCACUGCUGAAUGCACAUCAAUCUUGACCAAAUGGAAUGGGUCAUUACCAUCUAUCUAUUCGUUGGGAGUUCUUGUUCAAUCUAGGACACCUUUUUCCACCAAGUGGAGCAAAUCUGUAUAGCAUUUUGCCUAGUUUGAUGACAGAACUCAUCUUAGUACAUGUAAUUUGUCUUAUUUUUUUUGGUAUGAUGCUGAUCGAAAUGUUCCAAUAUUUGGAUGCCAUUCCAAUCUUUUGUUUAUAGGGGUAAGGAUCGUUGUACUUGCUAACUGCCUCCUGAGCUUGGCUAUUGAUUUUCUUUGUGAAGGGCUUUAGGCUUUCCUGGUUAUUUUUGCUAUAUAUUGUAUUGUUCGUUUACUGAGAAUGUAAGAGAUUGGGAAUAAAUUAUGGGAUUAUGAUUGUUUUGUUAUUAAGCAAAA